AUGCCCCGCGAUACUAAACAAGAAGGCGGUCAGCUGUCCAACUUCAUUCUGCCCAUCGUCGAGCUGCCUGACCGGAUCCAUCCUCGAUACCUACGAUCCACGAAACCGGGGUCCUCACUCCUGUCCCUGAAAUGGCCACGCCCGCCUCGAAAUCUUCUCGUCGUGCAGAAGCUCUACUCCGAAACGGUCACGGACGCCGUCGUCAAGUUCGCCAAGCACAUCCACAAUGAGUACCCGGACAUCCACCUCAUCCUCGAACCGCGCGUCGCGUCCAGCAUCCAAGAGCGCGUCGACUUUCCCGUCUACUCGUCAGACGACAGGCCCUACAUUGCGCAAAAGGUGGACGUGAUUGCGACAUUUGGCGGUGAUGGCACAGUACUACGCGCAGCUAGCUUGUUCAAGCUCCACGGAUCCGUGCCGCCCAUUGUCUCAUUCAGCAUGGGCACGCUGGGCUUUCUGGGCGAAUGGGACUUUCAGGAGCACAAGAAGGUCUGGAGAGAGGUGUACAUGAGCGGGAGCGACGUGGCGGUGCGCGACGCUGCCGUCCCCCGAGGCAAUAAGGACAGCCCAGAGGAACAAGACGGGGGCAGCAACCCCUGGGCACUCAUCAAGGGCAAAAGCAUGGGCGCGCAGCGAGCAUCCAAGGUCUUACUGCGACAUCGUAUCAAGGCCGACAUUUUCGACGCGAACGGCGACAACAUCAACGACAAGCUGUCCGACAACCUGCUAGGCGACUCCAAGUCCCUCGCCGGGCCCUUGGCCGGCACCUCCCCUUCUCUACGCGCCAUCAACGAGAUCUCCGUCCACCGAGGCUCGCACCCGCACCUCGCCAUUAUCGACAUUUUCCAAAACGGGCACUUCCUCACCGAGACAAUCGCCGACGGCAUCCUCCUCAGCACCCCGACCGGCUCGACAGCCUACUCCCUCAGCGCCGGCGGUCCCAUCGUCCAUCCCCUCGUCAAGUCGCUCCUCAUCACCCCCAUCUCGCCCUGCAGCCUGUCCUUCCGCUCCCUCGUGCUCCCGCUCGACACCAAGGUCACGCUGCGUAUGAGCAAGAAGAAUCGCGGUCGCGAGCUGGAUUUGAGCAUCGACGGCAAGCGCUGCGCCGGCGUGAGCCCCGGCACCGAGUUACGAGUGGAGGGCGAGUUUGUGGGACGGAGUCACGACGGAUCCGGGGAGGAGUGGGCGGGUGGUGUGCCGUGUGUGAUUAGGACCGAGGACGAUGAUCCUUGGGUCGGAGGACUCAAUGGACUGCUCAAAUUUAAUCAUCCCUUUGGGAGGGCGACGGAGGGCGAGGACUAA